AAAAGGAUUAAAAAGGAUUAAAAAGGAUUAAAAAAGGGUUUAAUGGAGUGGAAAACUAUUAAAACAAAUCACGAAGACUUAAUUCAUGACGUUUCUUAUGAUUAUUAUGGAAGAAGAUUAGCAACAUGUUCCUCAGAUUUAAGAGUAAAAGUAUUUGAUUAUGAUGAUAUAACAUCAGAAUGGAUAGAAAAUGAUUCCUGGAAAUCAGCAGAUGCAACAAUUCUUAAAGUAAUAUGGGCAAAUCCUAAAGUGGGACAAGUAAUAGCAAUUUGUUCUAUAGAUAGAACAGUAAGAAUAUUUGAAGAACAGGAACAUGAGGCAAAGAAUUCAGGAAAACGGUGGCAUGAGAAAGCACGUCUUGUAGAUUCUCGAGGAGCAGUUCUAGAUAUAUGGUUUGCACCUAUUCAUUAUGGACUUAAAUUAGCGUCAGUAUCAGCAGAUGCGGUUAUUCGUAUCUAUGAAGCAUUAUCACCAAAUGAUUUAUCACAAUGGACAUUAAUGGAUGAUAUUAUACUUUUAUCGAAUCCGCCUCCACGAGAUACAGAAAGUUCGUUUUGUUUAACAUGGUGUCCAUCUCGAUGGGAUGAUCAGCAAUUGUUAGUUGGGGCAAUGAAUACAGUUUGUAUUUAUAGACAAAAUGAAAAUAAUAAAUGGAAGGCAGAAGAAUCAUUAGAUGGACAUACAGAUUUAGUACGAGAUGUUGCAUGGGGAGCGAAUAUGGGGAGAUCGUAUCAUAUUAUUGCUACAGCAUGCAAAGAUGGACAUGUACGAAUUUUUAAAUUAACAAACAAGUCGAAUCAAAUUUCUAAUGAAGAUGCUAUAUAUAAUUCAGAACCUAUACAAGCAAAAAAAGGUUAUAUAAUAGAACUAGUUGGUGAUUUUGAUGAUCAUAUGGCACAAGUAUGGAGAGUGAGUUUUAAUGUUACGGGUACUAUAUUAUCAACUGCAGGAGAUGAUGGAAGAGUAAGAUUAUGGAAAGCAAAUUAUGCAGGAGAUUAUCAAUGUUUAACAGUAAUUUCCAUGGAGAAAACUCAAAAAGAGGAUAUUAUUGAAGAACAAUAAGAAAAUUGUCUAACAUAUUAUAUCAACAUUUUUGAAAGUAUAUUGA